CUCUGAACAAAAUCCGAAUCCCUAAUCCCCCAAUUCAAAUUUCAAAUUUCACGGUUGAGAUCAGUAUCAAAUCAAUGGCGUCGACGGGGGUCAAAGGAUUUUUCCGAGAGAAAAAGAAAGGAAAGCCUGGAGCGGCGAAGAAGAGCAACAAAUCCGCCUCCUUCGGCUCCGACGUUGUCCAGCCCCCGGCUCUAAUCUCCCAUGCUACUCUCGAUCUUCAAGAAGAGUAUGAUGAGAAAGAGGAGGUUCUGAGGCAAUUUGACAUGAACAUGGCUUAUGGGCCCUGCAUAGGUAUGAAUCGUCUGGAUCGCUGGGAGCGAGCUAAUAAAUUUGGUCUAAACCCGCCAGCACAAGUUGAAAAGCUGCUGAGGAUGGAAAAAGCUAACGGCCUAUGCUUGUGGGAUGGUCGUGCUUAGCCCUCCACAUGAUGUUUGUGUGCCUAGUGCUUGUUUUGUUUUAUGUGUUGGGAGCUAGGAAUUUGGCUUUUUCCUAGCUAAAACUGUCUAGUAGUUCGAUGUAUCAACAUCUACUAUCAUAACUCAACUAUUUCUACGUAUGUCCAGCCUUCAAUUAUUUCGCA